AUGGAUUGCAAAAGUCCUAAGAAUUGUCAACCCGACGGUGAACCGCCCAAAGGAAUCAAAAUUCGAUGUCCGGUGUGCAAAUACCGGAAGUUCAGAUCAGAGCAGGCCUUCUGUGACCACAUACAGGACCAGCACAACCUCUUCCCAUGCAUGAACUGCGACGCAAUCUUUGCAUGCAAAGAUGAUCUAGUUCAGCACAGGAACGAGAAACACCCCAAAGUCCCUUCCAAACUCACGCACAACCGGAAAACCAAAGGCAAACUCAGGCCUGUAAUCCGAAAGGUCUCAUUGCCCGCAUCCGAAAACAUACCGUCGACUCAGCCGCUACUGCAACCUCGUCCUCCUACGAGGGCCCGUCCACCAGUCGCCCAUGCCCGGCAACCAUCUACAAAGACCAGGAAACCACCGGCACAAAUUCGACGACAAUCAACUAUGCAGCCCCGUCAGUCAUCCGGUUGGCCCAAUCAAGGAAAUAAGCUCGGCCAUCCAGCACACGCUCAAGUCUUCCGGCCAUCACACAGUUCGAUCUUUCAUUCACAACAUCAAUUGCAUCAAAUACGCCAUCCACUGCCUCCACGACCAGUCAAGAUCUAUCGAGGACCUUCCCACGGCUUUCGGGUGCCUUCUCGAGACUUUGCGCCAGCCGCUCAAUCCUUUCACCUAGCAGGACAGGUUACUCAAGUACCACUGGGAUUCUACAAAGCAUCUGAUCAAGUCUUCCAACCAGUGGCAGUCCCUGGGCCCCCAGCAAGGUUCUAUCAUCCGCGUGCUACAUCCUACGAGACACCGACUCCGCCCUAUUAUGCAUCUUCUCCGGUGUAUCAAUCCCCUCCCCGGGAUCAGAACCAGAUGGCGAAUUAUCGAGCAGCCUCUGACGGCCGUCGGACACCAACUCCAAUCCGUCAAACACAUCCUCGUCGCAUGAAGAACAAGGUACACGUCUAUCGGGCCCCGCCGCAGGCCACCCAGUUCCCAAAAGAGAAUCUUCAGUCUUCCCAAGAGUUCGCGGACUCUAAUUUCUUCAAUCAAGAGUCUCAGCAUCAAGAGCCUCAACAAGUUGAGCAGGUCUUCCGGGUUCCGGUACGUUCUCCCGCGCGGGACUCACCCUCACCAGAACAGUACUCUCAGCAAGCAAAGGAAGUCGCGCGUUUUCCCCACCUGGACUCACAACCUCCACAACGCUCUCAGUCCUCAGAGUGGAACUCCCAAGACUCAGAGAUUCCUCAGUCCCUGGAAGGCUCUAAGUCCCCAGAACAGGCCAACAAUCAAGCAGAGCAAGUCUCUCAGUCCUUUUCGCAAAUCUCUCAGCAUCUGGAACACGACCCUCCCCUGGAACCCUCUCAGUUCCUAAGGCAGGUCUUUCAAGAAGCAGAAAAGGUUACUCAGUCUCGACAAAAGCACUCUCAAUCCUUGGGAAACUUUCCAUUCCUAAUCCAUCACUACAAACAAGCAGAAGCGGAGACAAUCUCUCAAUCCACACCACCCUAUCAGUUCGCAAUGCCCAUUUUAGAAAAAACGGACCAAGUUUCCCACAGCUCACUGCAUCUAUCCGCCCACGACCCCGUCACCGCGGAAGCAAACGAAUCAGACAGAGCAACAACCUCAACCCCCGCAACAAACAUAACAACACCAACCCUCUCCAAUCCACCCCUACCAAGAAACCGAACCUUCAGUCUAGUCUACGGCACAAUGCCACACCGCUGGACGAACCUCGAACCCCUCGAACAAACCCUAAUCCUCAGAUACCUACUGGCAACAUGCCACACCCCGAAACGCCUCCACUCACAAGGCUACAACGCGCCAAAGACCAUCAAGACAGAAUCCUGUGAGAACAACGGCCAACCACACCAACAGCACCUGGACCCCCUCCCUACAGAUGCGAAUACAACACACCGAAAGGCAAUCGUGCUAGACUGCAAAAUGAUCGAAACAACAACCUGCACCAGCGAACUAGCCUUCAUCACCGCAAUCGAUUUCCUCACCGGCGAAGUCCUGAUAAACAGCUACGUGACACCAACAGCACCAGUGACGAACUGGCUGACACCGGUGAGCGGGAUCACACAGGAGAAAAUGGACGCCGCGAUCGCAGAGGGGAACGUUCUCGUCUCGAAUGCCGAUGCACGUGGUGCACUGCGGAAGUUCCUGAAUCGCGACACCGUUCUUAUCGGCCAUACUCUUCAACAUGCUCUGCGGACAUUGAGUUUGAUUCAUGGUCGGAUUGUCGAUACGUCUGUUGUUACGGGGGAGGCUGUGUUUUCGAAUGCUGCGUCCAAGACCACUUUGCCUCGUAUUUGGGGUCUUGAGACUCUUGCGAGGGAGUUGGUUGGGAUUCAGAUUCGGGGUGGUGAUGAAGGACACAGUUCGCUUGAGGAUGCGUUGGCGACGAGGGAGAUCUUGAUUUGGUGUUUGCGUGGUCCGCAGUGUCUUAAGGCUUGGGCUGAGAAGACUCGGGGUUCGCUUUACAGGCGGAAUCGGAGAGGUGCGAGGGGGAAUCGGGGGAAUGAGGGUGGUGGUGCUAAUGCGAAUAAUGGUCAGGAGAAUACUUCGGGAUAA